UUUGUGCAGUCAAUUCUCAACAGUUGAGUUGAAUGUUCAAUUGAUCUUGUGAUCGUUCAGUCCACAUCUAUUCAUUGAUGUGCUAAAAUUCAAUUAAAAGUGAUAAUUGUGUUAUCAUCAGUGCCAACUUUGGAAUCGAAGCUCGUUUAAUUUCGUUUCUAUGCAAUAUUAAUUUGCGUAUAGAGGAUAAGCUAGAAAACGCCUUCGGAUAACUGAUCACGUGUGUUGAUGUCUUCGCAGUAGUUGAAAUUUGAUGUUUCUCCACUUUCCAGCCCAACUUUAUUGAAUUUCUUUUGCACAUCAGCUGAUCCAAAGAAGAAGUCAGCAUGAGACUUCCGAUUGGAGAAGGCUUGUCCUCAAAGACGAACGAGAUGGGUGCCAUGUUCAGAAGCGAGGAAAUGGCAUUAUGCCAGAUGUUCAUACAACCGGAAGCAGCUUACACAUCGGUUUCAGAAUUAGGUGAAACUGGUGCCGUACAGUUUCGUGAUCUGAAUGCUGAAGUCAAUGCAUUCCAGCGUAAAUUCGUAAGCGAAGUUCGGCGCUGCGAUGAAAUGGAGCGAAAGCUACGUUAUGUGGAAGCCGAGGUGAGGAAAGAUAAUGUGAAGAUACCCGAUGUUUUCGAAGAAGCGGCCCGUGCUCCUAAUCCUCGUGAAAUUAUCGAUCUAGAAGCGCAUCUCGAGAAAACAGAGAGUGAAAUCAUGGAGUUGUCACAGAAUGCAGUUAAUCUGAAAUCUAACUAUCUCGAGCUAACCGAGUUGAAGCAUGUACUUGAGCGCACUCAAAGUUUUUUCUUUGAACAAGAGGGGGCGGUCAAUAUGGAUGCCACAAGAAAUAACCUGAUCAUAGAUGAUCAUGCAACAGCCCAAGCUAGAGGGCGAUUAGGAUUUGUUGCAGGAGUUAUACAACGUGAGAGGGUACCCGGAUUCGAACGUAUGCUUUGGCGCAUUUCUCGAGGUAAUGUUUUUCUGCGACAGGUAGAACUUGAAAAGCCUUUGGAGGAUCCAUCGACAGGCAAUGAAAUUUACAAGACCGUAUUUACUGCAUUCUUCCAAGGCGAACAACUUAAAAACAGAAUAAAAAAAGUUUGCGCAGGUUAUCAUGCCUCAUUGUACCCGUGCCCAAGUGCUGCCGAUGAACGUGAGGAAAUGGGCAAGGGUGUUAGUACCCGUCUGGAGGAUCUUAAAAUGGUGUUGAAUCAAACACAAGAUCAUCGUUCACGAGUGUUGUCUACCGUCGCUAAGGAACUUCCUCGUUGGAGGAUUAUGGUGAAGAAAAUGAAGGCAAUUUACCAUACAUUGAAUUUGUUUAAUAUGGAUGUAACUAAGAAGUGCUUGAUUGGCGAGUGUUGGGUCCCAGUGUUGGACCUUCCGAUUGUACAAAAGGCACUUUCUGAUGGCUCGGCAGCAGUCGGCAGUACUAUUCCAUCGUUUCUCAAUGUGAUCAAAACUAGCGAAGCGCCACCUACAUUCAACCGAACAAAUAAGUUUACUCGAGGUUUUCAAAAUUUGAUUGAUGCUUAUGGCAUUGCAUCAUACCGUGAGGCAAAUCCAGCCUUGUAUACAAUAAUAACAUUUCCAUUUCUGUUCGGUAUUAUGUUUGGAGAUCUGGGACAUGGAAUAAUAAUGGCAUUGUUUGGAUUCUGGAUGGUUAGCGGAGAACAGAAGUUGGGCGCCAAAAAAUCUAACAAUGAAAUUUGGAAUAUUUUCUUCGGAGGACGUUAUAUUAUAUUGCUGAUGGGGCUGUUUUCUAUGUAUACCGGUUUUGUAUACAACGAUGUUUUCUCUAAAUCCAUGAAUAUUUUUGGAAGCUCUUGGAGUAUUACCUAUAACACCUCAACAAUAAUGAGCAAUAAAGAUCUGAUUCUCAAUCCCGGCUCUUCUCAGCUCAAUGAGGAUGUCUACCCUAUUGGAUUGGAUCCUGUUUGGCAACUAGCUUCUAACAAAAUCAUUUUUUUGAAUUCAUACAAAAUGAAAUUAUCAAUAAUUUUUGGUGUCGUGCAUAUGAUAUUCGGUGUAUGCAUGAGCGUUGUUAAUUAUAAUUUCUUCAACAAACGUCCCAGCAUUUUCCUAGAGUUCUUACCUCAAAUAAUUUUCUUAGUGCUGCUUUUCGCCUAUAUGGUGUUCAUGAUGUUCAUGAAAUGGGUCCAAUAUUCAGCAAAAACAGAUUUCCAACCACAUACUCCUGGUUGUGCGCCAUCAGUGCUGAUCAUGUUCAUCAACAUGAUGCUGUUCAAAAGAACCGAGCCGCUUCAUGGUUGCGACGAAUUUAUGUUUUCGUUCCAAGGAACGUUACAGCGUACUUUUGUGUUCAUUGCGCUCAUUUGUAUUCCGUGGAUGCUUCUGGGAAAGCCUAUUUAUAUAAUUUUGAACAAAAAGAAACACGCUGGGGCUUCCAAUCAUAACGGAGAUAUUGUCCAGCAAACAGAAGGAACUGUCGAUACAUCAGAAGCGGGGAAAGCUUCUGAGAACAACGGACAUGAAGAUGAACCCAUAAGUGAAGUUUUUAUUCAUCAAUCUAUUCAUACUAUUGAAUAUGUUCUGAGUACAAUAUCGCACACUGCUUCUUAUCUUCGAUUGUGGGCGUUGUCGCUUGCUCAUGCUCAAUUGUCGGAGGUGUUGUGGAAUAUGGUGCUAUCCAUGGGAUUGAAGCAGGACUCAUAUAAAGGGGCCAUUAUGCUGUAUCUUGUGUUCUGGGCAUGGUCUCUUUUCACCUUAGCGAUCCUGGUGAUGAUGGAAGGAUUAUCCGCGUUUCUUCAUACUCUUCGUCUCCACUGGGUCGAGUUCAUGAGCAAGUUUUAUGAAGGUCUCGGACACGUCUUUCAACCAUUUUCAUUUAAGAUGAUACUUGAUGGAGAUGAUGAAGUGGACUAAAUUUGGGACGCUAUUUUAACCAUAUACAUAUUCACUUUUCCUGAAAUCUUCCUGAUCAAACAGUAUUGUAAAUUUGGACAAAUAGUGUUACAAAAACGUACUUUAUCUGUUUUUUUGUCCUUCACAUUUUUGAAUCUCUUUUAACAUGAAUAAAAAUUACCCGAUUAGAAUAGCA